CUUUCUCUCUUUCUCACACACACACACACACCUAUAUAUAGUGCUUCUUUGGGUCAUUACAUUAUGUUAGGAAAUAGGAAUUAAGCCAUGAAAUACGGGGAGAUAACCCACUUUAGCCAUCCUCAACAUAAGCUAAGGUUUGAAUACACAGAAGAUCCUUUCAAGUGUGAUGGGUGCAAAGAAGUAGGCAUAGGAUCGCGUUACAAAUGUAGCAACUGCGACUUCGACCUACACAAGCACUGUGCCCUUCCUGCUCCCUCCAUCAACCAUCCUUUCUACCCCAAGUGUUCCUUCCAGUUCCUCCCUCGACCACCUGGGGAUGUCCCUCGAUUCUGCAACGCCUGUGAGAAAGACAUAAAUGGGUUUGUCUACCACUGUAAGUCCUGCGGGUUCGACCUCCAUCCUACUUGUGCUAAUCUGCCUCGUGUUCUCGAUGAUGGUGAGGUAAAGCUCUAUCUGUACCGCAAGGUAAGUUCACCUUGCCACAAGUGUGGGAGGAAAGGUAGAAGCUGGAGUUACAGGUCUACUUGUAAGAAGUACAACUUACAUGUAGCUUGUGUGAGGGAAAUGCUUGUAGAGAGCUGGCAUGAUAUCUAUCUUGGCCGUGGAACCACUAUCAAUAACAAUAAUAAGAAGUUGGAAACAAGAAUUCCAAGCCUGAAAGGAACACUUCAGAACCACCACCGUGGUAAAGGUAAAGUGAAGAAGUGUUGUGAGCUGGCUGGGUUGGCCGUUCAGUUCAUCAUUUCGGCCGUUCUUGGAGAUCCUACAGCGAUUAUCGCCGGCGUUGUUGGAACAUUAAUAUCCAAAUCAUGAUAUCUUAGGUUGGCAUGCGUAGUAAUCAAGGGGUGGUGUGUGAGGAAAAUUAUAAAAGCCUAAAGGGGCUUAGGUUAAUGGAUUUAGUGGUAGUUUUAACUUUCAGUGACAUCUAAUGUUUGUGUUCAACUUGU